CACCCGCUUAAGAAAGGCAGAAGAGAGAGCGAAACAGAAAUCCGGGAAAAGGGUGGUUUUCUAUAGGGAGAGCCGCUCAGAACUCAGGAAAUUUCUCCCCAAAUUAACCAAACGAAUCACUUCACGCGCCACCACACGCGCCUCGCCGGAGACUCGGUUGCGGUUGUUCUCCCAUUCCUUUUUUCUUCUUUUGUCUUGUAAUCGGUUAUCGCUGAGGGAUAUAUAUAUAGUUUUUUUGUAUUCGAUUUAAUUGGAAUUAUUAUGGCUGCUCCACCUGCAAGAGCUCGAGCGGAUUAUGAUUAUCUCAUAAAGCUUCUUUUAAUCGGCGAUAGCGGUGUUGGUAAGAGUUGCCUUCUCUUACGUUUCUCAGAUGGUUCCUUCACCACUAGUUUUAUUACUACCAUUGGAAUUGAUUUUAAAAUCAGAACCAUUGAGCUUGAUGGAAAACGGAUCAAGCUCCAAAUUUGGGACACGGCUGGUCAAGAGCGGUUUCGUACAAUCACCACAGCUUACUACCGUGGAGCAAUGGGCAUUUUGCUGGUCUACGAUGUAACAGAUGAAUCAUCUUUCAACAACAUUAGAAACUGGAUUCGUAACAUCGAACAGCAUGCUUCUGAUAAUGUCAACAAGAUAUUGGUAGGAAACAAGGCCGACAUGGACGAAAGCAAAAGGGCUGUGCCAACGUCCAAAGGUCAGGCGCUCGCUGAUGAAUAUGGCAUCAAAUUCUUUGAAACCAGUGCAAAGACAAAUCUUAAUGUGGAAGAAGUUUUCUUCUCAAUAGCAAGGGAUAUAAAGCAACGUCUCGCUGAUACAGAUUCAAAAGCCGAGCCUUCAACGAUCAAGAUUAAUCAGGACCAGGGAGCCAAUGCUGGUCAGGCUGCGCAAAAAUCAGCCUGCUGUGGUUAACCCUUUGAAGCAAUGCUUGGUCCAUGUGCACUUCUAGUUAUUUUUGUGAUUCUUUUGAACUUCGUUUAGUUUGUAAUUGGUAGAUAGGUACUUUCAUGUUUUAGAAUUUCAUUUGUGAUCGUGUCUAUAUUAUUAAGGCAUUUAUUUGUUUCUUCU